AUGGAACACUGCCGGCGCGCCCCUGCCUGCGUCACUCACACAGCACCAUCGCCAAACACACAACAACGUGUGUCUCUUCAAUGGAACACUGCCGGCGCGCCUGCCUGCGUCACUCACACAGCACCAUCGCCAAACACACAACAACGUGUGUCUCUUCAAUGGAACACUGCCGGCGCGCCCCUGCCUGCGUCACUCACACAGCAGCAUCGCCAAACACACAACAACGUGUGUCUCUUCAAUGGAACACUGCCGGCGCGCCCCUGCCUGCGUCACUCACACAGCAGCAUCGCCAAACACACAACAACGUGUGUCUCUUCAAUGGAACACUGCCAGCGCGCCCCUGCCUGCGUCACUCACACAGCAGCAUCGCCAAACAAGCUCAUUGACCUGUGGCCGCGCCGCCACUGCAUCAGGUGGUGGGCCGGUGCGGCGGCGUGGACCGCCUCACCUGUGCCUGCCCGUAGCGGCAGAAAGGGACGCCGGCGCCUUGUGGGCGCCUUCACCUUCCCCACCGCGGGGAGCGGGGCAGGCACGCACAGCUCUGCCCGGAGGAUCUCAGUGCGUGUCGGCAGGCUGAGUAAGAAGGACGGCGCCACGCCCGUCAGGAUGGACCUCCUGGCGGGAUCGUGCCUCGUGGCCCGUCUAGAGAUCCCGCUGGGGGAUCUGCUGGCCGAUCUGAAGGCCAACACUGAAGGGCGCCGCUCAUCGCUGUUCCUCAGCCUUGAGGGACACCUGGCUGAGGAUGGUGGCGGUGCCCCUGGGAGCCGAGGCCCAUCACCUGUGGCAGCCUAUCACAGCAGGAGGCCCCUGGAGGAGCCAAGGCCAUCCCAGCAGGAGCAGAAGGAGGCACAGAAACCAGAGCAAAAUGCCAGCCUUCCUCAACAGCCCAGCGGCAUAAACUACAGCCUGCCCUCACCACCAGAUGAAACAAAGCCCAGCCUGUCACCACAGGCUGGCCAAUCAAAGCCCAGCCUGUCACCACAGGCUGGACAAUCAAAGCCCAGCCUGUCACCACAGGCCGGUCAAUCAAAGCCCAGCCUGUCACCACAGGCUGGCCAAUCAAAGCCCAGCCUGUCACCACAGGCUGGCCAGUCAAAGCCCAGCCUGUCACCACAGGCCGGUCAAUCAAAGCCCAGCCUGUCACCACAGGCCGGUCAAUUAAAGCCCAGCCUGUCACCACAGGCCGGUCAAUCAAAGCCUAGCCUGUCCCAACAGGCUGGCCAGUCAAAGUCCAGCCUGCCACCACAGGCUGGCGAGAACGCUUCCCCUCCAGUACAGCAGGUCAUACACCGUGACCUCGGGGAGGGAGAAAGAUGGAGACCUCCCCAGCCCAACCUGCGGCAGAAAACAGGACAAGCCCAUCAGGCUGGCGAGACUGUGCCCAGCCUGAGCCCCGAGGUCAUACACCGUGACCUCGGGGAGGGAGAAAGGUGGAGACCUCCCCAGCCCAACCUGCGGCAGAAAACAGGACAAGCCCAUCAGGCUGGCGAGACUGUGCCCAGCCUGAGCCCCGAGGUCAUACACCGUGACCUCGGGGAGGGAGAAAGAUGGAGACCUCCCCAGCCCAACCUGCGGCAGAAAACAGGACAAGCCCAUCAGGCUGGCGAGACUGUGCCCAGCCUGAGCCCCGAGGUCAUACACCGUGACCUCGGGGAGGGAGAAAGAUGGAGACCUCCCCAGCCCAACCUGCGGCAGAAAACAGGACAAGCCCAUCAGGCUGGCGAGACUGUGCCCAGCCUGAGCCCCGAGGUCAUACACCGUGACCUCGGGGAGGGAGAAAGGUGGAGACCUCCCCAGGCUCUCCUCCGUCAAAGAAGGGGAGAGCCCAGCGGGAGUUCCUCUGCGGGGGGACGGGAUGGCCUUGUCAUGCACCCUCCCAUUCCGUCCCCCUCUAAGCAGGGGAAGGAGGCCCCGCCGGGAGAGAAGGGCGUGGGCGGGGCCCGCCUGUGUGGCCUCUGCUUUGUUGAUCGCCUAGUUCAGUGUGCGCAGGCCGUGAGCUUAGCCUUACUCACCUACAAAGUGUGCAUCGAGUGUUUCUGAGCCUGCGCCACUGCGCACCACUACGCAAGCCACAUAGGUAGCGUGGGGUGGGAUAGGAUAGGUUAGGAUAGGCUGGUUAGGGUAGGAUAGGUUAGUAUAGGUUGGUUAGGGUAGAAUAGUUUAGGAAAGGUUAGGUUAGGUCGCCGCCACACAGGCCACCACUGAUGGGGCCUCGUGGCGGUGGUGACACACAGUCUCUCGAAUAGGUUAGGUUAGGUUAGGUUGGUUAGUUAGACUGAUUUAGGUUAGGUCACCGCCACACGGGCCACCACUGAUGGGGCCUCGUGGCGGUGGUUGCUGACACUCAGUUUCGUUAGGUUAGGUUAAGAUAGGAUAGGCUAGGCUAGGCUAGGCAAGGUUAGAAUAGGAUAAGAUAGGAUAGGUUAGGCUAGGUUAGGUUAAGUCGCCGCCACACAGGCCACCACUGAUGGGGCCUUGUGUUGGUGGUUACUGACACUCAGUCUCGUUAGGUUAGGUUAGGUUAGGAUAGGAUAGGCUAGGCUAGGUUAGGUUAGGUUAGGUUAGGAGGUUAGGCUGGGUUAGGUUAGAUAAGGUUAGGUCGCCGCCACACGGGCCACCACUGAUGGGGCCUCGUGGCGGUGCCUGCUGAAACACUCAGUCUCGUUAGGUUAGGUUAGGUUAGCAUAGGUUAAGCAGGUUAAGUUAGGUUAGCUAAGUCGCUGCCACACGGGCCACCACUGAUGGGGCCUCGUGGCGGUGGCUUGUGAUCUCUAGAGUAGGGUUACGUUAGGUUAGGUUAGGUUAGGUUAGGUUAUACUCUAUAAAAAAAAAAGAA